GUCGUCUGCGGGCGAAGGACACGAAUGUUGUUACCCUUCCAAGUGCCUCAGGUUGCCUCAUAACUGCCCCUUUUAAUCAGAUUUUCGGCGGAAACAGUAACACGUCUGGGUACAUUAUGAGCCGGUGUCGACUAUAACGCUACAUUGUUGUCAACAGGCUGGAUUAAACCGAGGAAUGAGGAAAACGACAGAAGGAGGCAACUCAACGAAGGAGCAGCAGAUUUGUUGAACAGAUUUCAUCAGACCAACUAUCCACUUUCCUGCUGGUGCUGCCCCUGUAGCACUUCAGAUUAUUUUUGUUUUUACCAAACCCUGCAGCCAUGGAUGUGGCAGAUUCCUGAGCAGAGAGAAUGACAUCGGAGGCUGCGGUCUCCACUUCUCCCAGCAUGAGCAGCGCUCCUGCCAAGAGGGACUACUACUGGGUUCGCUCCUUUGUAGCUGGAGGUGUAGCAGGAUGCUGUGCCAAGACUACCAUCGCUCCUCUGGACAGAGUCAAGAUUCUUCUUCAAGCCCAGAGCCCCCAUUACAAACAUCUGGGGGUGUUUUCCACCCUCAGAGCUGUGCCACAGAAAGAAGGCAUCCUGGGCUUGUACAAGGGUAAUGGAGCAAUGAUGGUCAGGAUAUUCCCUUAUGGAGCCAUCCAGUUCAUGGCCUUUGACAAAUACAAAAAGCUGCUAAGUAAACAGAUUGGAAUCUCUGGACACAUCCACCGCCUCAUGGCAGGAUCUAUGGCAGGGAUGACUGCGGUGAUAUGCACCUACCCUCUGGAUGUGGUCCGAGCCAGGCUGGCCUUCCAGGUGAAGGGAGAUCAUCGUUACACUGGAAUUGCCAAUGCCUUCCACACCAUCUACCUUAAGGAGGGGGGUGUCUUAGGCUUCUACAGAGGACUCACCCCAACACUUAUUGGAAUGGCCCCUUAUGCAGGUCUCUCGUUCUUCACCUUCGGCACCCUGAAGAGCAUUGGCUUGAAGCAUUUCCCGGAGCUGCUGGGGCGCCCCUCCUCAGACAACCCUGAUGUCCUCAUUCUGAAAACCCACAUCAACCUGCUCUGCGGAGGAGUCGCCGGUGCCAUCGCUCAGACAGUAUCGUACCCCUUUGAUGUGGCUAGAAGAAGAAUGCAGUUAGGCUCUGUGCUUCCAGACUCAGAGAAAUGUUCAUCACUGGUAAAGACCCUGAAGUACGUCUAUCACCGGUACGGGGUCAAGAAGGGACUGUAUCGAGGCCUUUCUCUCAACUACAUCCGCUGUGUCCCCUCUCAGGCCGUGGCCUUCACCACCUACGAGUUCAUGAAGCAGUUCCUCCACCUGAACUAGACGCCGUUUUUGUACCUUCCAUUUAAGCACAUCGACCUCAGUGUUUCCUUCAGAGUGAUCUGAGGCUCGCUCACUACGUCUUAAACUCUUCUGUGUGGGAUUUGCCUUUUCCCUGAGAUCACCGAGGGCACCAGGAGAGUCAUUUUUUUAAUGCUGGAAAAGGAGAUUGGAUGUCGGACAGUGAGCCACUCGUCUGUCCGGUUUCGUUUCCUUUUACUUCAUGCUUAUGUUGCUCGCCACAAUUCAGCCACACGACUUGUGGCUUGAAUCUGAGCAGCCCCUCCCCACAAAUCAGUGUCUCCCUGGACACAGUGGGGCAGCAGCACCUUUAGUCUGGUUGCGUUGGUCUGACGGUUCAAGUCAAUGAUCUGGUCCCAGCACCACAACAACCCUCUGAAUGUGGAGAAGCCCCCUUUUUUUUUCAUACAGCAGAGUCCACAUCUGUCUCUCAUAUGUCUUCUAUCUUCUGACUUCCAUCACCUGUGACUUUCAGAUGUUUAAAAUGAUCAAAUCAGCUCAUCAAACACCAUCAUAUUUCUAUCAUUUUAAUUUUUUUUUUAUAGAUAAAGAAGGGAAUUGAGUGAUAUCUUUGUUGUUUAUCAUGUUUUUUUCUUUAAUAUGUAGUUAUUACUGAAAGAUGACUGGAACUGUAAACUUAUUUGGUGAUUUAAAAGGUUUUGUGUAUUUUGGGCUUAGCGUGUCUUUAAUUGAACAUCGCAGUAACUGUAGAAAAAGUUGCCAUUUGUGCAUUUUUGCCUUUCUUUCAUUUUUCUACACAAAUCAAUAUAACUCCGUUUAUCUGCACAUUUUUUUAGAAGAUGCAGUAGCAAGUGUGGCAUGUGGUUUUAUGCUGAAAUAACCUCAAAUUUUUAGGCCACACCUUGAGUAUAGCAGUUACUGUAUGCAUUUUUUUUUCUAAUGCUGCGAAACCUUUGCUUUUUAUGUUGGUUAAUGUGCACUAACUGUUUCGUUUGUUGCUUUGGUGAUAUUUAAUUAUUCACAUCUUUGCUCGGAUGUCGGGAUUUUGACACAAUAUAGAGAUUGGUCUGACAUGUUUGCCAGAAGGGACUCAGGAGUAAUUUGCACUUCAUGACUGUAGCUUUAUGAUCAUUUAUUUAUUGAUGUACUGACUUGUUGCCACUGGGUGGCAGCAUUGACACAACAUUGUAUUGUUUACCAUCAGAGCUGGACACAGCAGACAAAUUUAAUGCACAGCUUAUCAGUUACAAGUCAGAUUUGGAUCUUUUUGGUUUUGUUUUCCCAUUUUUCUCAACCAAAGCAAGUGGGAAUCAUCUAAACCAGUUCAGAAAAUAUAUGUGACGACUCACUGGAGCUACUCUAUGGCUGUUUGCAUUCACUGUCUUGGGAAGGCUGAACAAUAAUUGCUGAGUGAAAAUGUUAUUUAUCACUUUUGCCAAUGGCCUCUAGUUUUACAGCCUCAUGCCGCCUUCUGCAUUUAAUGUCUUACUUCACCAGAGUAACUGAUGGGUUUUGUUGGCAUUUGUCCACAGACGAUGCAGUUAUCUUCCAUAUAUAGUAAGAUGAUGGUGAUGAAUUGCAAAGAACAGACGUCUUAAAACAGUGGUUUCCAACCUUUUGGUCUUGUGACCUCCAUCAGCUGAGGCUGUGUCUGCAUACAUCUACUCUUCACAGUUUGAAUAUGCCUACCAAAGAAGCCGUUUUUCUCUUGAUGUUAUCUCACAUUAAUAGGCAGACUAUGCGAUGUUUCCAAAAGAAGCAAAAAUUAGUUGUCAUCCCAAACACAAAUUUGCACAGAACACAGUAUUUUUUCUUAUUCUUCAUCCCAUUAAAAACAAUUCAACACUAAAUCCACUUAGGUCCCACAGGGUUGAAAGACAUGUUUUGAUUUUGUAAACGGGUUGUGUUAAAGCUAAAAUAUGGUGUUUGGUUGUUCUUUAAUGACUGCAUCUGGUGAAAAUCAAGGCUUUUACCUUGUUAGUGCGUCCAUAUGGUGGGUGGUAUGCGCUGGCUGAGCUUUUCUGUACUGAUGACAGAUAAAAAAAAAAACAAACAGACAAGAUUCAAUCCUGUCAAUCCUAUGCUUUUAUUCUUUAUUAGAAUGGGGCUCUGGUUCAAACAUGUGUAGCUGAAUUAACUUGUGACAUGUAGAGUAGUUUUACAGUGUUUCAGCCACCGGCAAGCUGGUGUGCUCGAGCUGCACUGAGCAGCAGAGGGAACGGGUGCAGAAAGAGACAGGAAUGCUAUGAAUCUACACAUUCUUAAAGAAGCAAGUUGCAUCUAAGACAAGUGUCUGCAAGUGGAAUCAGCGUGCCAUAAAUUUUACCAUCUGUAAGAGUUAGUGCCAAUUCCACUGUGGACAUCAGCAUACAGUUCAGAAAUAGUGUCAGACUAGAAAGCAGUAACACAUGUGAUGUCUUUGGCUGACUAUGUGCACGUUUACAAGGGAGUAAAAUCAAGGUUUAAACCAUUUAAAGGCAGGGAUUGAUUAUUUUCAAGGAAGAAAGUAUGUAACUUUGAUAUGCAGAGAUGAGUUUUUAGGGGUUACAUCAAUGCUCGGGGAAGGACUUGAACCAUGUUGUGGUUGCUCACUUUCAUCAUUUGACCAGUUGGAGGGGUUAAGACCCUCAGGUUGGGAACCACUGCCGUAAAACACUGAAACAAUGCUGAAAAUGUACAUAGACUACUGAACAACCUAAACUCUAUUCACUGUAGAGAACGUUAGGUGUAGAAAAGGUGUUGCUUAACAAAAGACUAAACUCGUACGAACAUAUGAUUCUCCUAUAUCACCGUUAAAAGUGCAAGUAAAUAAGACUUCUGUGUAACUUCUGAUUUCCUAACAAUGAAUGAAUGCAAUAUUGAACCGUUUCCCUGUCCUUGGGUUUUACACUUGUGAGUGGCAGCUACAUUUGGUAAACAGAAUAUGGUAUUUGGAUCUUCUUUUCAUGCUGCCACUCAUUCGUCCUCCGUGCCGAUGUGCACAGUGGCUUUCAUUUACUGCUCUUCUGAUUUCCAUGUUGGGUUUCAAGCACAGGAUCUGUCCCUCGUAUUGCGGUUGUUUGGUUCUACCACGUGUUCUGUCUGUACGUCCAGAUCAGCUCUGUUCCUGCUGCUCGCUACAACUGAUACAGAAUUAGUCAGAUAUUUAUAUGUAAAUGUACAUGAUUGCUGUUAUGCGGUUCUCUUACGAGGUUGUGUUGGAAAUGACUGAAAGAAGAUGAAUAGUUUUGAGAAUGAACAAUGAAAAUGCCUUUUUUUUUUUGGUUUUAUUUUUCUCUUUGUACCUCUUCAGUUUCAUGCUUUUUCUAAGCAGUGUCUGAAUUACAUUAAAUGCCAUCUUCUUAAAACAGAA